CGGCCGGAAGUGCGCAGCGCGGGGCGGAAGCGCGCGGCGGGGCGGGGCGCGCGGGCCGCAUGGCGGCCGCCCAGCAGGCGCGGGCCUGAGCGGCGGCCCCAUGGGAAAAUACUGCGCCAGCCUGGGCGUCCUCAAGGGGCCCUGGGACCAGGUGUUCGCCGCCUUUUGGCAGCGCUACCCCAACCCCUACAGCAAACAUGUCCUGACCGAAGACAUCGUGCACCGGGAGGUGACGCCGGACCACAAGCUGCUCUCUCGGCGGCUCCUGACCAAGACCAAUCGGAUGCCGCGCUGGGCAGAGCGCUUCUUCCCAGCCAAUGUCGCCCACUCCGUCUACAUCCUGGAGGACUCUAUCGUGGACCCCAAGAACCGAACCAUGACCACAUUCACCUGGAACAUCAACCACGCUCGUCUCAUGGUGGUGGAGGAGCGCUGCGAGUACCGGGUGAACCCUGAGAACAGCAACUGGACCGAGGUCAAGCGGGAAGCCUGGGUAUCUUCCAGCCUGUUUGGCUUCUCGCGGGCCAUCCAGGAGUUUGGUUUGGCCAGGUUCAAAAGCAACGUGACCAAGAGCACUAAAGGAUUUGAAUACGUGCUAGCAAAAAUGCAAGGAGAAGCUCCAUCCAAAACACUGGUGGAGACAGCCAAGGAAGCGACCGAGAAAGCCAAGGAGACAGCUCUGGCUGCUACGGAGAAAGCCAAGGACCUGGCGAGCAAGGCAGCCACCAAGAAGAAGCAGUAUGUGUGAGGGGCCAGCUGCACCAGGACAGAUAGGAGAUUCCUUAGAUUUUAUAUUUUUAAAGAAACUGUAUAAGUCUGACAAUCAGCUGCUGUUUGACCCUUUCUGAGAUGUAAUUAUCAUUAAAGAAUCUACUCCCACCUCUGA